AUGCUUUCUUCACGACUUUCUUCCAUAUUAGCGAGAAAUUUAGUGAGACGGACACCCCAGGUAAGAUACAAUGACUUUUUUUGAUUAGUUUAUGGCAAAAUGUUGCCUAAUACGCAACCAAACGUGGGUGCAAAUAACGCGGCCGGCCUGGUUGAACCAGCGGUUUACCUUUGGUUUUUGUACCUACAUUCCACGAUGUCAGUACUUUGUUGUCGAAAAACAUGGUAAAAUGAGCUUCAGAUUUAAUAAUUUCAUCCGGGGGUGAAAAUGAUGAAUCGUUCGAGUGUUAUUUCAUUCGUUUUGUUUGGUUCUAUGGUGGGAAAUUUGAGGAAUUACAAUAUCACGGGGUUAAAGUCACUUCCAAGGGGUGUACCGGCUUAGUUAUCUACUCACUCAGCUUCCUUUAUCUUCCCAAAAUCGUUUUUUUUUUCUCAAGAAUAGAAGUAGUUGUACAUAAAUGAAAGGCAUUUAUUUCAAUCUUUGUAGGAACUUUUUCAUCUUCAAGGUUUGGCCGGUGCUGUGUACAAAUAUCUGUACUUAUGCAACUUCUGAGAAGUUUUACCAACAGAUACAUGUAAUGUUAGGCAGAUGUACUUGCAAACGGUCUUUGCAAGUUGACAUGCAUGUAUACAUUGUAUAUGCAAAUAUUGUGCCCAUCGGAUCAUAGACUUUUCCUGAGUCAUUAAUUAUAAAUUUGUAUCCAGUUUAAGACAUGUAGAAAUCAGGGCUUUGUUCUAGGUGGGUCUGGCAGCUUCAGCCAACAGUUCUAGUUUUUGCACAAAAGUCAUAUGCUGGAUACCCUGGAUUUCCAAGGUUUAAAGCUGUGGGUUACCUUCAACUUUUGCUUAGACUCAGAUAUGGCUAUUGAUGUUCUUGUUGGACUUAUUCCAUGAACAAAGCACAGCCAGCAUUUAUGAAAAUCAAGUGGUAAACUAACUUUGCCAAAAUCACACUCCAGUAAUUUAAAUCUUAGCUACAGUGGCCAUCAGUUAUUUUAAGGGGAAAUGGAACCAAUAUAUUAUUUUAACCUUUAGUUUCUGUCUCGGCAAUCUUGUAAAACAGACAAUGAAGUGUAAUGUUAGUUGUAUGACUGUAUGUUUAUUUAUUUUCUAUAGAUCUAUCAUGGAUCCCUUGGUGCUUUAACGGUUGCUGUACGAAAUAUAACAUCAUCUAGUCCUUCGCUUGCCAGUGCUGGUAAGUUAGUGAUCGCUGCAUGUUAAGUUGUUGAUUAAACAAUAUCUUUGUAAUUUUUGUGCCCACUGAGGUUAGAUAACCGUUUUUCCUAAGCAUUGGUCCCUUAAUGUAAUAAGCACCAAUCUUUGACAUUCUAGCCAGAAGGUUGUCCAGGCUUCUUGUGGACCCUCACUUUUGCAAGAUUUUUUAUGAUACUAAGGGAAAUUAUGCCUCCUGGACUCUUAGUUUUUGACGUCUAAAAACCAACCAGUCUGAUCUUGAAUUUCUCAACAAGAAAUUGGUUGGUUUUAAGUAAGCUAAUUUUCUGUAACAGGCACUGCAGAGGUUUCAUCAAUAUUAGAGCAGAGGAUCUUAGGUUCUGCACCCAAAGCUGAACUAGAAGAAACAGGCCGUGUGUUGUCCAUUGGUGAUGGAAUUGCCCGUGUAUAUGGCCUUAAAAACAUACAGGCUGAAGAGAUGGUGGAGUUUUCCAGUGGCCUCAAGGUAAUAUUGAAAGUACUUUGGGUUUUUUUCCGCUACGUUAGUUUAUCAAAGUACAUCUGGUGAUUGUAUGCAUAUGUAUUUCUGCAGGGUAUGGCUUUGAACUUGGAACCUGAUAAUGUUGGUGUUGUGGUGUUUGGAAAUGAUAAACUGAUCAAAGAAGGUGAUGUUGUAAAGAGAACAGGUGCCAUUGUUGAUGUUCCAGUAGGUGAGGGAAUGUUAGGACGGGUUGUAGAUGCCUUGGGUAAUCCAAUUGAUGGGAAAGGAGAACUAGCUGAUGUUACUCGUGCCCGUGUGGGUAUCAAGGCUCCUGGUAUCAUACCCCGUACCUCUGUUAAUGAACCUAUGUUGACUGGUAUCAAGGCUGUGGACAGCUUAGUUCCCAUUGGACGUGGACAGCGAGAGCUUAUCAUUGGAGACAGACAGACUGGGUUAGUAGAUGUAUUUGUAAGUUGAACGUUUAUACCUUUAUCUUUUCAGUUUAGUGUGGGUAAGCUCAUUUUUUUUCAUAUCAUUGUCUCCUUUUCUUUUUACUUAUGGGUAAUUUUUUCUAUGAAAAAUAACUUUUUGAGUGGCACCAAAUAUUCUAUUGGUGACCCUUUUUUUCCAGUGAAGUGAUUUCAAACUUGUUUCCUUUUCCAGAAAUGAUUUUCAGUAGGUCUUCCCUUAAUGUGUGAUGUUUCUGUACUCUAUCCUAACUAAUGAUGUUGAUCUUUUUCUUCUAGUAAAACCGCCAUUGCCAUUGACACCAUCAUCAACCAGAAGAAAUUUAAUGAAGGGACUGAUGAAAGUAAGCAAAACAAAAUGUUAAGACAGAAUUCUUUAGGAAAUUGAGUAAUUUUAUUUUCCAGUGUACCAACAGCUUGUACCAGAAUAAUUUCAAUCAUAUUGCAUUCUUUGUUACACUUUUUGAGAGCUAUAAAUUAACGUAAUAAGUUAUAUAAAAUAACUCCAAAGAAAAGGUUGUUAUGGGAGCCCGAGAAAAGAAACUUCAAAAGCUUCAGAUUUCACCAAAUGAAAUCUGAAAUUUAUUUUCCUGGGCUCCCAUAAGAACCUUUUUGUUGGACUUAUUUUGUAUAACUUAUUACAUAUAUAGAUCUUAAAAAGCGUGAAAAAGAAUGUAAUAUGGCUUAAAAUAUUCUUGUACAAGGUUUUUGUCCACUGAAAAUUAAAAUUACCAGUGUUCAAUUUCCUGAUGGAUUCCGUCAUAAUGGUUGCAUCAAAGCUUUCAAGUAUGCGUGACCAAUUUUUUCUAUUGUUGUCUGUCCCCGUAACUCUACCUCCAUGCACAGAGUUGUUUAAGCUGCAUUAAUCUGUUCCUUUCAUUUUUGCAGUUUUCUAUCAUAUGACAAUUUAAUAGCCAAACUUUUCAAUUCUAUAAGCAGGGUCUAAAAAUUUACGGUUGUCUGGCCAUUCAAAAUUACCAGAACUUAACACUUGAAUCACUGUCCAUGUUUUUGGAGACGUUGGUAGCUUGAGAUGUGGUUGUACAAUGGCACUCAAGGUCUGCAAUUUGGUCAUCAACGACCUUGCAUUUUAUCACUGAGCAGUAGAUUCGAAACUCUUAGAAAUCCCAGGUGUAAAUGCCUUGUGCAUUUUUAAAUGGUGGAUUCAGUGAAACAAACUGUUUUGUUUUGUUGCUGCAAUCUUAGUCACCAAAAUGUUUUUCUACUUCUUCAAUGCUAUUGUGACCAAAAAGAUGGCAGCUUGAAGCUCUGUUUGGACUACAGGAAAGAUGGUUGAGCAAUGGGCAACCUACUUUAAAACUUGAAAUAAAACUUAAAUUAAAAUAAUAAUAUAAAUAAUUUAUAAAUUUGCUAUAUAAAAAAUCAAGUUAAAACUACGUAAAAGUUAACCUAAAACUUAAUUCGGGUCCUGAUGGUAGAGAAAAACACACCAGCACCCGAUAUGGCCAAGAUUGUAAGGAACAGUUUUCUCUUUUUCUGUGCAGAAAAGAAGCUUUACUGUAUCUAUGUCGCCAUUGGACAGAAGAGAAGUACAGUUGCUCAGCUGGUAAAGAGACUAACAGAUGCUGGUAAGUACUUCCUUUCAUAAUGUAUUUCAGUUUUACUCUUGGUUCAAAAAUUUUUUCCCUUAGCUCUUGCUUAUUUGAAGAUAAUGUAUGAUGAUUGUGAGAAUAACACAGAAGGGAAUAAAUAAUGCAAUAAUAAAUAAUACAUAGAAAGAUUUGAUUACAUGAAAACAAGUAACGUAGGUUACAUAGUAACAUAGACCUGGCUCCAGUUUGUUCAAACCUUUCAGUGGAUAAGUAUUAAGGACACCAGUUGUGGUGUCCAGUAGAUAGGGCUAUCCACCCUUUGAACAACUAGGGCCAGCAAGUGACGUUUUCAUUGACAAAGCUUUGUUAUUCUGAAUUGAAUGUGUGUCAUUGUAUACAUAACCUCUUUGUAGAUGCAAUGAAGUACACUAUUGUUGUAAGUGCCACAGCAUCAGAUGCUGCGCCUCUCCAAUAUCUAGCACCUUAUUCUGGCUGUGCCAUGGGUGAAUUCUUCAGAGACAAUGGAAAACAUGCACUCAUUAUUUAUGAUGACUUGUCAAAGCAGGUAAUUUCACUUAACAAUUUGGUGUAAUUUUACAGAGUAACCUUUGCUUAUGAAGUAGUAAAAUGUGAUAACAUAUUCAUGGACUACAAUAAUAUUAAUAAUAUUUGAGAAAAACUCCACUAGAUCAAACAAAACAUUGCUUUUUGUUUACUGUGAUACUUCAGGCUGUGGCUUACCGUCAAAUGUCACUGUUGUUGCGAAGACCUCCUGGUCGAGAAGCCUACCCUGGUGAUGUAUUCUACCUGCACUCACGUCUGUUGGAGAGAGCAGCUAAAAUGAAUGAUGAUAACCAGGGAGGUUCACUUACUGCGUUGCCAGUCAUUGAAACUCAGGUCAGAAAAAAUUCAACUUUAAAUUUUCAAUAUUCUAAGGGUGGGUUUUUUAAGACUCCUAACCUAACAGAAGCCAUGUACAUGUAGCUUGAGCAAUAAAGAACCUGUUUUUGAUUGUUUUGUAAAUUAUUUGCUUUGGUAUUACAUAACAGAAGCUUGUACAUCCAUGGCUUUUGGCACCAGGCCUGGGGAUUUUCAUGGUUAUGAUGAGCAUGACACCCAGCUACAUUCUUAGGAAACAAAAUGAAAACAAAACCAAAAGAACUUUUUAGUUGUUCAAUUCUUUGCCUACUAAUAGCAUAUCCUGGGCGGCAGCUUGAAAUCUAAGCCCUGCACCUUUUCCAUUGCUGACAUAAACUGUCAUGUAAGUUGUCAUUAAGCGAUCUCCAUGUUCAGUAUUUUGUAAUGUUCUUUUAUUCCUAGUAACUUUGCUGAGCUGUUUACAGGGGGUUCUUUAGGCAUCAGAGAUGGGAGAAUUCUCCUUUUACUAUGCAAGAUUCUCCAGCUAAUGUUUAGUAGCCUAUGACUAUUUUUAUUCAGAGGAGGAGCCUCUUUCAAAAUAUUCUCCAGGCUGUAAUGUUACUCAUUUUUCCUGCUACCAGAAUUCUUCAUGAAAACCCAGUGUUUGUGCUCAAAAUUAAGUCGGGUUAGUUUGACAUUUCUUUUUUAUAUGCAAAGAAUGGUGCAGAAACUCUAGGACAUUUCCUCAAUCAGUCUUGAUGCAUGAUGUUGCUAAGCUUUGUAUUGAAAUGAUUGUUUGCAGGCAGGAGAUGUAUCAGCUUACAUUCCCACAAACGUGAUUUCCAUCACUGAUGGUCAGAUCUUCUUGGAAACUGAACUGUUUUACAAGGGUAUCCGACCUGCCAUCAAUGUGGGUUUGUCUGUCAGCAGGGUGGGUUCUGCUGCUCAGACUAAGGCCAUGAAACAGGUUAGACUGGAGAAACAUGUUCCUUAUAAUCUCCAUUUCAUCCCAUUCACCUGUUAUUACUUACAUCUGUGUUGCAAGAGUGACAAAUAUCAAUUUUCUCCUAAACAAUAUCAAUACACAAUCAAGAGAAAAGGUUGAGAGAAUUAAUUAAAUAAUCACCUAAGGGAAAUGCUUUGAUCUUUUUUAAAACUCUCUCAACCUAUUGUGUAUGGAAAUGUAUAGAUACAACUCUGGAGAAUUUGAAUGUGGAUAUUGGGGCUUAACGGUUAAUGUAGUGAUGACUUUAUUGCAGGGCAUUAUUAUGGUACCACUUACUCUCUCUUGUGCCUAUGUUGAUCAACAGGUUGCAGGAUCCAUGAAACUUGAGCUUGCUCAGUAUCGUGAAGUUGCUGCUUUUGCCCAGUUUGGUUCCGAUCUAGAUGCUGCGACCCAGUCCCUCCUGAACCGAGGGGUCCGUCUCACAGAACUUCUUAAACAGGGGCAAUACGGUGCGUACUAAUUACUGUGGCAAUUAUUACUAAUUUUAUAAACAUAAAUACAAGAGAAUGUCUUCAGUAAUGCAAUCCACCAAAGUAAACAUUUGUCAUACUUAUUGGAUUGCUGUGGAAAAGAAAUAAAUAUUUGGAAACUAGGUCAGUGUCAACUUUGUCUCCCACGCAGACGUUCGCGUCCCUAGCAACCAUAUCCUGGUCAUAUUUCCUGGUUUAAUGUUAGGUACUAUAACUUUAAUUUUUGUGGCUAAUUUUGUUGCAUUAUCUUGGUAGUUCCCAUGGAGAUCGCUGAACAAGUGGCCGUAAUCUAUGCUGGUGUAAGGGGCCAUCUUGACAAGGUCGAUCCUUCUCGCAUCACAGCUUUCGAAGAAGCGUUCCUGAAACAUAUCCGAUCUACGCAGCAGGAACUUCUUAACACCAUUAGAAAGGAGGGAGUCAUUUCAGAAGACACAGACGCCAAACUCAAGAAAAUUGUGACAGAGUUCGUUGCAUCGUUCGACUGAUUUUUCCAAGAAAAGUGUUAAUAUUUUUUUCACCGCAGUUUGUGUAAAAUGUGUUCUGUCAAGAAAUCGUCAUGCCUGUAAUUUUGGCGGUCCUGAAAUCGCAAGAAUAAAUUUUAGAAAAAGUUUAAGGGAAUUAGCUGGUCGUUGCCCUUCUUGUUGUCAUUAGUAUAGACUGAUGCUACUGAGCUCCUAGAAAGAAAGG